AUGAUGCAAAUGGGUGAUGAGAAAGUGAGAGGGUUGUUUCUUCUGUUGCUGAUGCCACUGCCAACUGUUCUGGGUUGGGGAAAGGAGGGCCACUAUGUCACUUGUAAGAUUGCACAGGAGUAUCUUAGUGAAGAUGCUCUAUUUGCUGUUAAACAAUUGCUUCCAGAUUCUGCUGAAGGUGAUCUAGCUGCAGUUUGCUCUUGGGCUGAUGAGAUUAGAUUUAAUUACCACUAUCGUUGGAGUAGUGCUUUACAUUAUGUUGACACGCCGGAUUUCAAGUGUAACUACGAAUACUGCAGAGACUGCCAUGAUUCUUCCAAGCAGAAACAUAGGUGUGUUACUGGAGGAAUAUACAACUAUACCAUGCAACUUAAAUCAGCUGAUGCAGGCACUUCAUCUGAAUUAAACUAUAAUUUGACUGAGGCUCUUCUGUUCUUAUCACAUUUUGUUGGGGAUGUUCACCAGCCCCUACAUGUUGGUUUCAUUGGAGACCUAGGUGGAAAUUCAAUAACAGUUCGUUGGUACAGAAGGAAAACAAAUCUCCAUCAUGUGUGGGAUGACAUGAUUAUUCAGUCUGCUCUAAAAACAUUCUAUGAUUCAGAUCUUUCUAUUAUGAUAAAAGCUAUUCAAAGGAAUAUUUCAGAUAAUUGGUCAAAUGAUGUAUCCAUUUGGGAACAUUGUGCACACAACUACACAACCUGUCCAGAUCGGUAUGCUUCAGAAAGCAUUAGUUUAGCAUGCAAAUUUGCCUACAGGAAUGCUACACCAGGAAGCACUUUAGAAGAUGAGUACUUCUUUUCUCGGUUGCCUAUUGUGGAAAAAAGACUGGCUCAAGCUGGAAUACGACUUGCAGCUAUCCUCAACCAUAUUUUUACAUCUAGGACCAGAAUUGCUCGAGCUUGA